AUGCAUUUGUUUGGUAGUAAGAAAGAAAGGGUUGUUAAUCCCCCAGUCUUGGACGGAAGUGGUGCAAUUGGAACACCAUUACUUGGCUAUGUGGACGAAGAAAGUUCAGAUAAAGUAGUACAGUGCGAAAUAAGGCCUUCUAUGUCGAAAACUCGUGAUCAGAAGUGUUAUUACUUGAAUUUACUUCUCUAUGUUUUGGAGUUGCCUCUUUCCUUACCAAGAAGACUUACAAUCCCAGCUGUCAGUGAAGAAAAAUGGUCUAAGCCAUUUGCUUACAAAAAAUUCCAGCCCACCAAGAAAAUUCCUAUUGCUAUGGCUUGUAGGAGGGUUCCUAAUGAGCAUAGCUUGGACAUACAUAACUGCAGAAGAAUUGGUUUCUUUACUGGUUGCAUUCGAAAGGUGGUCCAGAUGGGGGCCAGAUUGCAGUAUCCGGAUGCUAUGCGGGUCCACUUUUCAAUACAUUGGGUUCUUGAUUGGAGGAUUAUUAUGGGCCCUUGUGAUUUUGCCAAAGAGGAACAUGCAGCUGGAUAA